CCAAGCCGGCAUCUCCAGCACGCAGCUCAUGUCCUGGAACCCGCUCAUCGGGCUGUGCAUCAGCCUUGCCGGCUUCAUCAACGAAACGCUUUGCGUGUCCAACCCGGCGGGCAACUUCGCCGUCCCAGCCGCCACCACGUCCUUCUCCGCCGCGUACACGACGCCGGCGCCCGUCCCCAAAAACGCCGUCCAAGGCACCAAUGCCCACUGCGGCCUCUUCUACGAAACCCUCGCCGGCGACUCCUGCGAGGCCGUCGCGAUCAAGUUCAAUAUCGCGCUCAGGGACUUCCGCUUCCUGAACCCCAUGCUCGACACGGACUGCACGAACCUCUGGCGCGGGAACAGCUACUGCGUCGCCCCCGUCGGCGCCAUCACGACGUACUCGAAGUAUCCAGGCGGCGCGCCCGCCUUGUCGCCAAAAGCAUGGAUUACCCACUCCGGGACCAAGCUCAACUGGACCGCCGCGUUCGACUUUGACGACGAUGAGGGCGGCGGCGACAGCGGAAAUCCUGUAAAGCGGGCUGCGGUGAUCCCCAUUGCGGACGGCACCCGCGUCGACUGCUGGAGCUACCUCGCGCUCAACGACUCGCGCAUGGACAUCGCCGACUGCGGGCGCCUAGCCAGCGCGCUGGACCUCCCACUCGAGGACUUUCUGGCGUGGAACGCGGGGCUCGCUUCUCCAGUCGGCGACACCAGCGACAGCAACACCAACAGCGCCUCAGCACCGCCUUCUUCCUCGUCGCCCUGCGCCCUCGCCCCCAGCCGCUCCUACUGCAUCGCGCUCAACUCACCCACACCCUCCGCCCCGUCCGCAGCGCCAAACCCGACGCCACCAACGCCCCGCGGCGCCGACGAGGCGAAGGACUGCAUCACCUGGGCGCGCAUGCCGGCGGACUGGAACUGCUUCGACUUCUACGACACGCGGGGGCUGACGCUCGCGGCGUUCGCGGGGAUGAAUCCCAGCGUUGGGGAUGAUUGUAGGGGCUUGGUUCCCGGGACGUGGUAUUGUGUCGCGGUGGGGAAGGGUGGUGGGGGUGCGAUGAAGAGUACCUCUGCGACGGCUACGGCGGUGGUGUCGACGGCUUCGAAAUCGACGACUACUGCUACUGCUGCUGCUGCUGCGACGGCGACUACAACGCCGGACCCCGUAAGGGAGGGCACGGUGAAGGGGUGCGCGAAGUUCUAUAAGGGGAUUGCUGACGAGUUUUGUGCAGACGUGGCGAAGAGGAAUGGUGUCAGUGUGGAGGAUUUCUUAAGGUGGAAUCCGGCGGUGGGGAAGGAGUGUGGGAAUUUUUGGGUCGGGUAUUGGUAUUGUGUUGGUGGGCCGAAGAUGUAAGGUGGGUAAGUGAUUGAGGUAAGCCAAGUGGGGGUUUGCUGGUUGUGCCUGUUUCGGUUGCUGAGAGUUGCUGCUGCUUUGGGCUGAGGGGGGCGCUGGGUUUUUGCCUGUUUCCGACCCGGAAUGAUGCCUUAGGCUAGCGUCACCAGCGUCUCCGCAACAUGUUUCUUGUACUUGGUCCUCUGC